UCGUGUGUCUGCGCUCGUGUGCGCGUGUUUGUGCCUUUAGCGGCCGGCAGCCAGACUUCUUUUGGAUGAUUCCGAGAGAGAGAGAGAGAGAGAGAGAGAGAGAGAGAGAGAGAGUAUGCGAUGACGAUGACUCACUGGCUGAUCAACUGAUUCUCCCUUUAUUCGCCGGGUCAAUGGCACUCGGUGGAGACAGGGCACAUUCCGAAAGUUGCCUUCGAUUCCAAGCACGUUCCUGGCGAAUGGCGACACUGUGCUCGACAUAAUGUCUAAGUCUGAGGUGGGACAACAGCACGGAUUCAAGAUGGAUUUUAUACGUCCGCAAGGGGAUUUGUUCCUUUCUUUCACCAGUUGAACGAUAUACUGUCUGUUCCAGUCUUGGAGGUUCUCGUAGACUUGUAUUGUUGUUUGUAGCUCGUGUGCACAGUGCUGUGCGUGUCUCUCCGUUCGACUGCACUACCUACCGUCAGGCUAAAGAGAAGGUUGCCUCCAAAGGAAAUUUGACACCCAGUCUUUGGAUAUGUAAACAUACGCUUUUUUUCAACUUUUGGAUCUUUUUGUCUCGAAAAAUGUAACCAUACAGUGUGAUCUUUCGUGUGUUCACAAAUAGCUGGCUUCUCUCGUUUGUGGAUUACGACAAUAACGUAAGAAUUCUGUUGUUGUUAUGAAAAUACACUAUGAACAUGCAACCUUGGCGGUUCUUGUGCUUUUGUGCUAGGAGUCUAUGAAAUUCGAGGGCAUUUCCUGUCGAAUUCGCGUCUCUGUAAAAAUUGAUGCGAAGUUGAAACUGUGAGUGCAGAUUCUUUACUUUAUUGACUUGAGAUUCUAUUUCUGGCUUCUAUUGACGGCUGAAAGGACGCGACAAUAGACGUCUAUUCUUUUGGAUGAACUUCUGAGAUUCUGGAAGCAGUGGACAGCGACGGUCGUUAGGGACGACAAACGGCCGCCAUGGAGACGCUAGACGUGAACCGCCACCGGUUCGCUAAUGUCAUUAGUGAUAUCAACAAGGAAUUGCAAGAUAAGGGUUAUCUGGCCGAAGAUGACCAGACGGCCAUGACGGUAGAGAUAACUUGCACCGUGCCCAAGGCCAAGGCCCAGCUGAGGCAACUUAUGUCAGAGAUGCGAGCACAGAACUAUGAUGUCAUCAUCAUUGCCACCUACAGAACUGCCUGCAAGCUCAGAUUUAUACAGAAACAGACGCAUUUGUGUCAGAUCGACAUUUGGAACAUGAUCGAAGCAUUCCGAGAAAACUCACUUCACACGCUGGACCCCAACACUGAGAUCAGCAUGGCGCGACUGGAGGCGGUGUUACACACUGCUUUCUCUCAACUGAACAAGCGUCUGCCCCAGACACAGCUGGUGCAUGUGGAAAAGUGUGUCAGCCUCACCAUGAAUUGGCUCAUGUCGGCUUACGAUAGGGAGUCUACAGGACAUAUACAGGCUUUUGCCGUCAAAGUUGCCCUUGCUCAUUUAGCUUCUGGAAAACUAGUGGACAAGUUGCGAUAUAUCUUCACCCUCAUAUCUGACCCCUCUGGGCACAUGGUGCGGGCUCGGUUUGAUGAGUAUCUGCGUGAUUUGCUGAUGCUUCCAGCAGCUGUCUACGAGGGCACAUCAUUCCGAUACUCUGAGGAAGCUUCCAGAACCUUUUUUGACGCAAACCCUGUCACUGUGAACGACUUCUUGUCUGUCAUGAUGGCCAUCCCGGGACGACAGACACUGAUGUGGCUGCCAGCCCUCAACCGCAUGUCACAUGUGGAGAAUGUGGUGCAUCCAGUGCAGUGUGAGGCAUGUCGCCGAGCCUCCAUCGCAGGAUUCCGUUACAAGUGUCGCCGUUGCUGUAAUUACAACUUGUGCCAGGACUGUUUCUGGCGGGGCAAGACUUCUGGGAACCAUAGCAAUGACCAUGACAUGAAGGAGCACACGUCUUAUCGGUCGGGGUCCAAGCAGCUAGGUCACUCCAUUAAGAAGUCGUUUGACUGUGUCCCCUCCAAGUCCAUACAAAACCAGUUGCCGCAUUUUCCAGACACGCCGCAGAAGACUCUGGACUUGUCUUUCAUUGUGCCACCCACCCCUGUGACAAUUCACAAUGGCUACAAGGAACAUUCCAGCACACAUUCCCUGGACGUCUCAGCAUUACACAACAGCCCUCAAACUAGAAGUGUUCGGAAGCUAACAACUAGCAGCUCCGAGUCUUGCCGAGUAGAUGAUGAACAUCGUCUGAUAGCUCGCUACGCCGCCCGGCUCGCUGCUGAUGAGAACAAAGCUGUGAGUACAAAUUACUAUUUCUAUUAGUGGAUGGUUGGGUGGGGGGCGCCCCUGGUAGGUUCUUCUAUUUUUCUUUUCCCCUGUUGUUUUUUGUCUGCUUGUCUUUCUUAUUUCCUUGCUGCAGAUGGUUGUUGUUGU